GACAGAUCGAAAUUGAAGAUGAAUGAGUGAUCUAGGAACUCUAAAGUGAUCCAUUGCUCUACCCUUUUGCGUUCGAAUUACUUUCGCGCUUUCUCGCGUUGUUAGGAUACUGUGUACUGAUUACGAGGAGUGGGGGUAGUAAUGUAUUGUUCUAUUUUAUGUCCAUGAUUUUUUUUGAGAAGUUUAGGCGUUCAAUUUCAACUGCUUUGUGUGACUUGGAAUUAGAAAUGAGCUCCAAAUAUCAUGUAAUACACAACCCCAAAACUACAUAUCGUCAAUUACAUUAUAUCCUACUUUUUUUCUGUGGCGCCACCGUUAAACCGCCACGGAGGAUGAAUUCAGACUUUCCCGGGGUUCAAUUUGAACGGCGUUUAGCGCAUGAACGGUACCAGAUUUUGGUAUUGUGGAACGCAUUUGGAACCCAAAGUUCCAUAAGCGAGUUUAAACAUUUAACUCGCGGGUUUCAUUCGUAUUGUUGAACUGGCUCUAGAGGUUUGCGUGAUAUUCAACAUGCAAUCCACGACAUCCCAGCAGAUUCCGUCUCCAGAACUUUUCUUCACAACUGUUCCUCCUAUUUCUAUAAUAGAGCUCAUAUUAGGUAAAAUUGACCCAUGUGACUAUCCAGAUCCAUCAGCUAAGUCGGAUUUCCAACGGCGGGUGUUAAAAUGCCGAACGUUGAUCGAUGCAAUACCAGAGAUCAUUGCUUACCCAGGGGCUUUUUCGGAUUCACAUAUUUAUAUUUCAUCUACUAAGGAAUUGUUGGAAACUGGAAAAAUACAGGAAAACCUUGCUAGAAUGAAUAUACAGUUAACUUCACUCGAGAAAGUCAGUCCACAACUUUUUAAAAGUUGUUUGAUCUACACCAUCUACCACAAACUUGCUCCCGAAUGGAACCAACUUGGCGAAGAUCUUAUUCAAGGGAGAAAUUUCCUCACUUCUGAAUCACCGCUGAACGCCGUAAGGAUGGAAAUCACUAAUCAGAGUCACAUUAAAUGUGAAGAAACAAUUUUCUCAAUAUCUCCAAGAUGCUAUCGUAGCUUCGUGUUAUUCUCGCUUCAAAAUCUUAAAGGUCGUGAUCAGUUUUUGCCUACCAAGAUUAUAAACGAUUUUUUAGCAGCUAAAAAUGACACGAUUGAGAUAAAUGAGAGAACUACGGGAAAGUGCUUGGUGCAAGUUUUUCCCAGUCUAAGGAGAGCACGGGUUGUACGUAUAACAAAACAGAUGUCAAAAACUCAUUUCAAACACUAUGACCAAAUAAGGAAUUAUUGGCAGAAUAUGUAUGCCUAUCAUCUACCAGAAAGUGAUAAUGAUCUGAUUUACUACGAGAUAUGUUUCUUUGGAGAAAGUUUCACGUAUCCUAGUUGCUGUGUAUUGGCCCCCAAGCUGAAAGAACUACGCAUAUUUCCUGCGAAGGACAUUGUGAAUCAAUUUAUUUCUGAUCUGCAUACCAGAGUCCCUACCAUUUGUGGCGUCCCAUUGACAGUUACAAAAUUUGUACCAUCCACCUUCACAGUUACUCUUCAUCGAAGGGAUGAUCUCAAAGAGAAUGUUUUAAUCAAUGAAAGGGCAUUCCCGACCAGCCAACGGUUGACUUUAUUUGGAAGUCAUAACAGUACGUGUGACUUGGAGAAUGCUCAUGCCAAUCCCUAUUGUGGAUCGUCAGCAGCUAUUUCUAACACCACUUGUGGCUCAACAACUUAUCAUAAUGUGAUGCAGAAGAAAGAUUCCCGCCAGGCUUGUGACUUGAAAGACUCGACGAACGCUCAUUCUUCAAAAAAGACUUGCUUGGGAUUGUCUGACUCAAACAACACAGUGGAUACAGUAAUUAAAACACCAAAAAAUAUUAUAGAUAUCACUCUUGACUCAUGGAAGAAGCAGGCAGCGUGUUUGCGUCAACUUCCAAAUGACUCUCUAUGGGUAGGCAACUCAAUCACUGAUAAAUUACAAAAAAGUGAUUCCAAUGAUAAAUUAGCUGUUGAGCAAUCUGGCAAGGAUAACAACGUUGUGACUGAUGGACCCCACGGAAACGCUACAGACAUCACAAGUCCCUAUUUUGAUGUGAUUCCAAGUACAAAGGGUAAUGAAUACCUUGGCACCUCUGGUGCUCGGUUGCAAGUAAAAAUAUCAUCACAAGAGGGGAAGAAGUCCACAAAGCUGAAUUUCCACCGUUUGUCUCGUAAGAAAUUAACGACUCCAAUGAUAAUUGGAGCGAACGCAAAAAGAAAAGAUCAACAUACCUCAAACCUGAAUAUGAAAGAUAUUUCUGAAUACUUCAAGACGAAAAAACGAGUAGGGAAAUCAUUCCUGGAAACUUCAAAACUAAAAUCUGACGCACCGAAGUUCAUUCAAACGCAGUUAAAUUUGCAGCAUAUUGGAAUGGCUAAAAACCACCUUGGUGACAUAGCCAGACCAUCGAGUUCCUAAGAAUACUCGGGGAUGAAAAUAAUCUCAAUAAGGUCAGUUUAAAGAGAAGAAUAUAUUUUAAAAUAAAUAGGGUAAUAUUACAAGUUAUUCUAUUUUUAUCAGUCAAUUAUCUACUAUACUUCAAUUCACGUUCUACGAUUAGACAAACAAUUAAUACAUAUAAUCCAAAAUACCGCCUAUCAAUGAUUCAAAGAAUACAGUUAUAAUAUAAGUAUGUCAUUCAUGGCUAAGUUGUUGAGAACAAUAAAUAAUUCCUAACGUUUUUACUCAUUGA